AUGAGGGGAAAGGCUUUGAAAUCCAAACUCGAAGAAUUGGUGGAUGGGAUUCAGCAAAGAAUUGAUUUCGUAACUGCAACUGGAGUGUCGAGUUUUGAGCAAGAGACUGAACAAAAUUAUGGUAAACUAGAAUAUUUACAGAGUAAAAUCAAGAAAGAUGACGGCAUUAGUGAUUGGGUCGAUGAGAAACAACGGCUUUCUGGCAGAUUGAAUAAACUAGAAAAGCAAGUGCAAGAAUUGGAAGAAUUGGCAGAUGAAUGGGAAAACUAUUUACAAUUACUUGCCGAUACAAAACUUCGAAAAGACAACGUCUAA